AUUCUUUUUGUAGUUUUCGUAUAAUUUUAAUUAGGAUCAAUUGAUCUGCUCUGAUUGUACACUGAUUUGAUUGUAAUGAAAUGAUAUUUAUACAAAAACUUUACAUAUUUAUAGGAAAAGUGAUUAGCUAACUAUGGUUGUUGAAUAUCCGCUUUCAAUUGAAAAGCAAGCGCUUUGAUUAAUAGAAAAUGAUUACUUUCGUGUGCAAGUGAAUGCAGAGCCACCAUUUUUAUUUUUGUGUUUAUUUUGUGAUCGACAUUUAGUGUGUGAAUUGGGAGCAGAUACAUCGAGUGAAUAAAUGAUCGUUGAUUAUAUUUGAUACACAAAUUACCAAUAUAAUAAUAUAAAUUGUUUUGUGAAUUGAAUUGGUUAUGCAGCGGUGAAACAAGAAAUAUACUCUCCGAUUUUGCGGUUAGCUUUCGCUAAUGGCAGGUCACGGUUGUGUUGGUGUUGGGAGUGGGGGAGGUAUUAGUGGUUGCGGAAGCGGUGUAGGCGUUGCAAGUGUAGGUUCUGGAAGUGGGGGUGGUGCAAAUGCAAACGUGAACACCCACGCAGUAGUCGUGUGGGAGUUCGAAUCCAGCAAUAGCAAGUGGCUACCCUACAGUCCUGAUGUCUCUCAACAUUUGGAGCGGGCACAUGCCAAAAAGUUGACGCGUGUCCUUCUCAGUGAUGCCGACCCACAACUUGAACAAUAUUAUGUUAAUAUACGGACUAUGACUCAAGAGUUAGAAGAAGAUUCUGGCUUUUCCACCAUUAAUGUUCGCCGAAUGUUUUAUGUACCCAGUUCUCCACCUGGAAAGGGUACCAAAUGGGAACGUUUGGGUAGCGCGGGGCCGGGCGAUUGGCAUCCGUUCAAUAUGCAUUUACAGUGUAUAAUAGAGGAUGCCUGGUCUAAGGGCGAACAGCGACUGGAUCUAUGCAAUACACGAUAUGGAACACCCUAUAUAAUUAAUUUUUGUAACCUAACGCAAAUUCGUCAGCCGAAUGGACCAAUCCGUAGCAUUCGCCGAACACAACAGGCACCAUAUCCUCUUGUCAAAUUAACACCUCAACAAGCACAGCAACUUAAUGUGAAUUUCUAUAAUGACUUCUGUACUAAACGAAACAACACCCUCCCGAAAACAUCUGCUAAAAUAAGCGACACAAAACAACUGCAGCAGCGUAUGUCAUCUCAUAGCAAUGGGUUGACAACGACUUCGAUGUCACAUGGCAGUCGACAACCUCAGCCGUUGCCUCCAAUGGCAACAAUCUCCAGUCAACAUCUUCAACAUGGCCAUCACCAACAGCAACCAAUUCACCAUCAUGGCAAUUCCCACCUACAAACGAGUUCGCAUGCGCAUACACAACACCGCAGCAAGUCACACAAGAAGACUGGAGAAAUGUCCACCACUAAUUUGCGCCAUAUACUCAACAACUUGAAUAUAUUCGGAAGUAGUACAAAAAGUAGCAACCCCCAUUUGAAUAACAAUGCAAAUGUGGCGCAGCUUGGACAUAAUUCAGUCCCUUCUUCAGUAAAUCACUUGAGUAUGCCGUUUUCACAUUCGAAAACACCACUGACUGCGUCUAUGAAAAGCCACCACAGUCGUUGUUCCGACGGUUCCUUACAAUCUCAGCGUAGCAGCCGUUUGGGAUCGCACCGUUCACGUUCACGCACACGUGCUUCGGACACUGACACAAACAGUAUGAAAUCGACAAGACGCCCCAGUGUAGACACUGUUUCCACCUAUUUAUCGCACGAAAGCAAAGAAAGUCUUCGUAGUCGCAAUUUCGCCAUAUCUGUAAACGAUCUGCUAGAUUGUUCGUUAGGCAGUGAUGAGGUUUUUAUACCAUCACUACCGCCCUCCUCUCUAGGUGAACGUGCACCAGCACCCCCGCCACUUCCGCACCAUGCGAGUUCGUUAAAUUUAGCGCCCUCUGUUGGAACAGCAGGAGGCUCUGUAACCGUCGGUGCCUCUCUACACAACACUAAGCCACAUCAAUCUCAACAACAUAUAUUAUCCUCGGCACAACAAUCGACCAUUGCCGGUUCUAUAGUAGGCGUGGAUCCGGCGAGCGAUAUGAUAUCAAGAUUCGUCAAGGUUGCCGAGCCGCCGGUGUGGCCUAACGCGCAACCGUGCCCGAUGUGUAUGGAAGAGCUGAUACAAAGUGCACAGAAUCCGACCAUAGCAUUGACGCGCUGCCAGCAUUUAAUGCAUUUACAAUGCCUGAACGGAAUGAUUAUUUCACAGCAAGGUGAAAUGUCCAAAAACCUCUUUAUUGAGUGUCCAGUAUGUGGCAUUGUUUACGGCGAGAAAGUUGGCAAUCAGCCCAACGGCACCAUGUCGUGGAGUAUUAUUAGUAAAAGUCUACCCGGCCACGAAGGUCAGAACACCAUACAAAUUGUUUAUGACAUUGCAUCUGGUGUACAAACUGAGGAACAUCCCCAUCCAGGUCGUGCAUUCUUUGCCGUUGGUUUUCCGCGCGUCUGCUAUUUACCUGACUGUCCGCUUGGUCGCAAGGUAUUACGAUUCCUUAAAAUCGCUUUUGACAGACGUCUUCUCUUCUCCAUUGGCCGUUCAGUGACCACAGGGCGUGAAGACGUGGUCAUUUGGAAUAGUGUUGAUCACAAAACUCAGUUCAAUAUGUUCCCUGAUCCCACAUAUUUGCAGCGUUGCAUGCAACAAUUAGUGCACUUGGGUGUCACCGACUAAUGAACACACGCAAAUUCGACCAAUCUAAACAUUUAUAUAUAUAACAAACAUAUGCAGAUAUUCUUAUAAGCCUUAUUCAUUAUUAUCAUAAUUUAAUUAAGUGUGCAAUUUGAAAGUGUUUCAAAGAAAGUGGCGU